AUGGCUGGGGACAAGCUGAAAAUUCUGAAAGGGAAGUAUAAAGAUCGGCAACGAAAACUGGAUGCCAAAUCAGCGGUACCAGGAACCGAAGAUGAGCGCGAGAAGGUGAGGGGAGGGGAGCAUACACGGGAAUCCAAGGUCAAGCGAACGAGCCAAGAACAGCGAAGAGCAGAUACCAACCAGGCGGGUAUAAAACACGCUCAUCGCCGCGGCGCUCUGGAUGCCCGGCCGUCCUUUCAUCAGACCAUUCCGAAGGCGCUGUGCAACAACGAAUCAGCCCGAUAUAUUUCAUUCCGAGCCAGCGGGGCUCGGGCAAAACUGACCUACAGAUCGCACCGGUAUGCGCAGCACAACCCUGCGUGCACCACGUAA